AUGCCCCUCGCCUGGCUUCACGACUACCUAGAAAGGCGCAGAAUCCGACGGAAUGGAAAUCGAAGGGUCCUUGACGAGCGAUUUGGGGAUCCAGAUAUUACCGCGCCGAUGGCGGGUGGCUGGAACCAACUGCCAGUUAAUCAAACAACUUCUGCGAAACAAGUCUUGAUGGGCGCUGAACAAGAGAGCAACGGAAAGGGAUCGAAUAUCUGGAUGAAAUGCUGUUUUUGCGACCGCGAGGACGAAAAGGAUAUCCUAUGCUCCAAUCCUCAACUAUCGUCAACUCCCACUGAGAAGGAGGGCAGUACCCCAAAUCCGUCCGCGCGGAACUCGGGUGGUGCUGGCUUCGUCUACAAGCCUGCCAGCGAGGAAUUUUUCAAAGAAAUGGCUGGAAUAGGCAAAUCAAAGUCGUCGCCUACAAUGCCCAAUUCUAACGAUACCGAGAAGCACAGAAGUAAACUCUCCACCGUAAGCUCUGAUCCAAGUUUUAUGGACCCCAUCUCGUCGUCGGAUAUCCCACAUCACCCCUCAUAUCAUAGCCAACCUCGAACAGCCUCAUCUUCAAACACACCUGUUGGGUCCAGAAGUCCGAGUAGCACGCUCGUUUCCUCCGGCGACAGACAUCUUUCCCAAACUAGCCCAGCCCUUUCUUUCUUAAACACACCAAGCACAGCGAAGCAGAGCUCUGCUGGCAGCAUUUAUUUAGAAACGGAGAAGACACCACUGGAACCGGUCAACGAACGGCAUCAUACUCCCGUUCCCGUUCCCGUUCCCGUGCAGCCAACAGUGCCAACUAAGUCGAAGAAGAGUCGCAAGAACAAGAGAGCAGUUACAGAAGAACUUGUUCCUUCGGAUGAGGACCUAUUUGGGUAAUCACUUUUUUCUGGCUUGUUUUACCUAGUUUAACUGGCUGGCUCAGGUUUUGAUAUAUGUGGUCUUGUUUCGUCAGGAGACGAUACCUUAUGACAUUGGGGCUGGAAAUUUGUCUUACUUUCAUGCCAACUAACCGCGACCUAUGUAUGGGCUAUGUAUGGUGCUGGUGGAUUGGUUAUAGAUUUUAUUUACCAUGGUCUCUAGACCUAUAUUGUCUUUUGGUUGUUUCUUUUGUGUUCUUCGUUUAUACCCCGGGGAGUAUCCUGCAGCCCCGAGCUUUCUUCUACCACUUUAUUUUAGGCCAUAUAUCUAACGGGUGGGAACUGUGUACGUCUUGGAGCAUGGAGUUGCUUCCUUCUUGGGGGAUGAUUAUUGGGUAAACAAUUCUAGCAUAUUUGAGCGAUGUAUUUCCUGCUAUGACUAACAGAUUCAUUCUGUGUGUGGAUUAGCUUUACCUUUUGCACAACAUUACCAUUCACCAUUAU